CAGACUCUUGACAGUUCACACUAAGUCACUUAACACAGGAAACCCAUAGCCUCUGUGGCGCUCUGUGGCGCUGUGCUUCGUCUAGAUCUGUGCUUCUGUUCUUCAUCUUUGCUCAAUUUCGCUUCUGGCUUACUUGGUUCGAGGUGAAUUUAGCCUUUCUUGAGUUGCUUACGUUGAAGCCAACACUAAGCCUAUUUAUCCUUCGCCGCUUUCAUUCUUGGGAAGCCUAUUUAUCCUUUGCCGCUUUCAUUCUUGGAUCAUUGGACUAAGCUGAGAUUAACUUAUCUCAAACACUUGCAUACAAAGAUCUUUGAUUGGGCCAAGCAGAAGCAUGGCUCAGACUCAUACUCUGGAAGGCAUCAAGGGAGGUGGAGGGUCCAUUAAGGUAGGGACCACGGGAACAAUCAGUUCCUUAAUGACAAGAGAAUUGGAACAGCAGUUCUCUUCCACACCACGCAAGCAGGUAACUUCAAGAACUAAACCUCAAACACUUCCGAGUAAUGGUAAUAUUACUCCCAAAAAACUGCAACCAAGAAAUUCAUUUGAUGAAGCUAGCAGCAGCAGCGGAAUCCAUAGAAGCACCAAAAUUCCCCAGAAAACAAAAACUAAUGGCAGACAUAGCCAUCGAAUCCCCAUGCUUGGUUUUGAUAGCUUUGUGGUGGACAAAAGUCCAACGAGGGAGAAAAAAGAUAAGAAGAUAUCUAACAUUGUUGAGGUUGUGGACAUAAAAUGUGGGAACUCAGAUAAAGCCUGGGCUACCCCUAUAACAAAUCGCCUUAGGAAGCUGGGUUUCUCGAAGCUUUCUGAGACCAUUAACUAAGCCUGCAAGUUCUUCAUAUCUGACUUGAGAUUCUUGUAACUGAAGGCAGAGCACUUCCAUUUUGGCCUACCCUUGUUUGGAGAUAAUGAUACAUCCAACAUAUUCUUGGUAGGAGCUUGCUGCUACUUGCUUCUUUUUUCUCCGUACUUGCUGCAUUGAACACAUUAGUGACUCUUGAAUUAGCUUGAAUUAGCGUUAACCAAGGAGCCCUUAUCGGUGAUCUGGGACUUGUUUGAUUUGAGAUGUGUGAAUUACUUGGUUUCCUUCAUGAGUACUGGGGACCCAAGUGUCCCUCUGGUGUGUACUUUUACAGGGGGGAGCUCUGCCAUCUCUUUUGCAUUGCGUGCAGAACGAAUUCUGGACUUUUUACUUGUUUUGUUUGGGUGGUAUUGUGGAGAAACCAAAAGCUUCUAAAUGAACAAGACUAGAUUCUGGUAUUUUCCUGUGGAAAUUGCAGACUUUGGGCCAUUUUCUUAUGAUUGAAGAGAAUUGGUCUCGUUGGUUUUUAACCUUUAUGUUCUUUAUCUUUCUGAAACGAAUGGCAUCAGUCUGAUGGAAAACAAAAGCUAGAUUGCAUUCACGUGGUUGCAGUUAAAACUCAGACACAAGCUUUUAACUGUUGUACCAUUGUAUUAACUACUUUACAUGUUGUACAGCCAGGUGGAGCAAUGAUUCAAUUGAAACUCACUAAAAGAGGUGUCGUUGAUCCCAUCGCCUAAAUGUUCUGUAUUCAUGAUUUUCUUCUUCUCAUGUAAUGUGGCAAUGGUCACUCUUGGAGUCUUGGUUGAUUGGGAUCCGAAUCAGAUAGUAUCAUGUGAAUGUAAAGUUAGGAUAAUCGCUCUUAUUGACUUUAAAUGUAAGCUGGCGUUAUUUUGGGUGCUUUAAGCGGCAAGGAAACAUAGUGGGCUAACUGGUUCAGCAAAUUUACUUUCUGGUUGAGUGUUUUUCCGGAAUGGAAAAAGUAUUGAUGGAUGUAUUUUGGAUGAUUCUGUAUUUUUUUUUUUAAUUUAAGUCUAUUUGGUUU